UGACCCCGCGGGGGCGGUACCGCGGCUCCCGGGUAACGGCAAGAUGGCGGCCGCCAUGGCGUGGCUGCGGCGGGGUGUCUGGGCCCCGGCUCGGCGGUGCGGGCUGGCGGCCGGCCGGUGCUACAGUGGCGGCGGCGCUUACCCCAACGUGUCGCUGACCUGCCCGCUGCCAGGCGUGCCCAAGGCGGUUUUCGCGGCGGCGGAGGGCCGGGAGCAGUUCGAGACGCGGGUGACGGUGCUGGAGAACGGGCUGCGCGUCGCCUCCCAGAACAAGUUCGGGCAGUUCUGCACCGUGGGCAUUCUUAUCAAUUCGGGAUCAAGACACGAAGCAAAAUACCUCAGUGGCAUCUCUCACUUCUUGGAAAAGUUGGCCUUCUCUUCCACAGCUCAGUUUGGCAGCAAAGAUGAAAUUCUCCUCACAUUAGAGAAGCAUGGGGGCAUUUGUGACUGCCAGGCAUCGAGGGACACCAUCAUGUAUGCUGUUUCUGCUGAUGCCAAAGGCCUGGACACGGUGGUCAACUUGCUGGCUGAUGUAGCACUACAGCCCAGGUUAUCAGAUGAGGAGAUCGAGAUGACUCGCACAGCUAUUCGGUUUGAGCUGGAAGACUUGAACAUGAGACCUGACCCAGAGCCUCUGCUCACAGAAAUGAUCCACGCGGCAGCUUACAGAGAGAACACAGUGGGGCUGAACAGGUUCUGCCCCGUGGAAAACACUGACAGGAUCGAUCGCGGAGUCCUGCACUCCUACCUGCGCAACUACUACACUCCGGACAGGAUGGUGCUUGCUGGGGUGGGCAUCGAGCACGAGCAGCUGGUGGAGUGUGCAAGGAAACAUCUGCUUGGAGUGGAGCCAGUGUGGGGCAGUGGACAGACCAAGGAUGUGGACAGAUCUGUGGCUCAGUACACAGGAGGCAUUGUCAAGGUUGAAAAAGAUAUGUCAGAUGUGAGUCUGGGCCCUACUCCCAUCCCAGAGCUCACCCACAUCAUGAUUGGGUUAGAAAGCUGCUCAUUUUUAGAGGAAGAUUUCAUUCCCUUUGCAGUAUUAAACAUGAUGAUGGGAGGUGGUGGCUCCUUUUCAGCUGGAGGGCCUGGCAAGGGCAUGUUCACCCGCCUCUAUCUCAAUGUGCUCAACAGGCACCACUGGAUGUAUAAUGCAACCUCUUACCACCACAGUUACGAGGAUACAGGUCUCCUGUGUAUACAUGCCAGUGCAGAUCCAAAACAGGUUCGAGAGAUGGUGGAAAUCAUCACCAGAGAAUUCAUUCUCAUGGCAGGAGCAGUAGGAGAGGUAGAGCUUGAGCGAGCGAAGACGCAGCUGAAGUCCAUGCUCAUGAUGAACCUCGAGGCUCGGCCAGUGAUCUUUGAAGAUGUGGGAAGGCAAGUGCUGGCCACAAACACAAGGAAGCUACCUCAUGAGCUCUGUGCCCUGAUCAGUCAGGUGAAACCUACUGAUAUCAAGAGGGUGGUCACUAAGAUGCUUCAUAAGAAACCAGCUGUGGCUGCCCUGGGUGACUUAACAGACCUGCCCAGCUACGAACACAUCCAGGCAGCGCUUUCCAGCAAGGACGGGCGGCUGCCUCGGCUGUACCGCCUCUUCCGAUAGGGCAGCACAUCCUGCACACCCUGGACAGACCUGGCUUCUGUUUUAAAGAGGUUUUGGAGAUGAUAAUAUUGCUGCAAGCCCUUCCCCUCCCCACCCCGCCAUCUUUCCAGGCAUCCUGUGCAAAUGUGGAGCUAUGCUACGGCUGAACAAAGCUGCUUCGGGACUCUGGACUGUGAAGAGGACUUAAAAUGCCAACCUGGUUCUGGAUGCAGACUUUGACCCUCUGAGUAGGUUAGAAGAGAAGAUGCAUGUAUACAGCUUUCUCUUGGCACUGGGAAGGACACAGCCAGGCAAAAUCUCCACCAUACAACUGAAAGCUUGUAGCUGGGGUCAGUCAGUGCUGUGUGGUACCACUUCAUCACAUCAGCAGUAGGAGUGGAGCUGUCACAGUGGAGGUCCUGAUGUGUCUCCCAUCCCGAGGAAUGUGGUGGCCUCUUAAAAUCUUGGCUUACAUAGCUGAAGUGAAAGGAUAUUUCUAGUUGUUACCAAAGUGAACACAGACUUGCACAAACCACAUGAAGAAAACACUAGGUAUUAUCCAGGUGAAGCUAGGCAACAAGUUUCCUGCAGCUCAGGUCUUGUUACAAGCAUCAUGGAUCUGUUUCAUCAGUGAAGAAAGUUAUUGAUGUAGUUGCUGCUGCUGUACCUUACACUCACCCACACUUUCUUUGUUGUCACUCAGAAGAACUUAAGGCCUUGCAAAAAGCAGAUGUAAUGGUCACACUUUGAUGUUGCCCAGGUAGGAGUCAGGAUCCACAAAAUGACAACAUGUAGAAAUGUUAUGAUCUGGAAAGUGACUGACCUCCAUGUGACAGAGAGACACGAAGCAAAGUGCCACAGACAAGAAAUGCAGACCCAAGAGAGGAACAAAGCAUUUGAUUUAAAUAAUCCCUUUACAGAUGGGCUGUAGAGAGCUGCACUGCACCCCUCCCUGUGCAGUGUAAGGAGCAACCAAACUGGGAGCAGAACUCUGAGGCAGCUGUUACCUGCUUUACCCCACACCUUCCCUCAUGCAACAAGGAGAAAAUGCAUUGCAUUGCUUCUUGUGGAACCCCUGGUCUGGAAGAGUCCUGUGCAGUUGUGUAUGUUUGUAAGAAAAUAAAAAGAGACCUCUGAAUGACUGGAACAAA